AUGGCGUCGAAUCCAUCAUCGAAUUCCCUCCCUCAGCCUCUCAAACCCGACACGCGAGAGACCUUCCAGGAAUCCCCACGAAAGCGAAGACGGCUGUCUCCUGAACAUUGGGAUAACGAUUUGCCUCAGUCCUCUGUCUUUGGGCCAUCGCCUCCUGAUCUUUCCGGGCAAGGACUGGACGAUGACGGCAGAGCCGAUCAAACUUCCCUUAUGGCGACAACUCACAUAGAUUCGGCAGGGAGGAAUAUCGCUCCUUUCCUCGCGAAGCAUAUCCGUGACCAGCACGCUCCCAUGAACGAGUUCGAACCACAAGCAGCUACAAACAGUUCAAGGAACCUAAAUUCAAGGUAUUGCUACCGACAUCGACCAGAUCUCAAAUGUCGGAGGCAAGCAGACGAAAUCACAAUGGAUCAGAUGCAACGCGAACUCCAUUCCCUAUCUCAAACUGACCAGCAAAGCAUUGCCCAUUUUUGGGCUUUGUUCUCGGCUGCUCCCUCGAAACACCGCAAUUUGAUGUUGCAAGGCCUCCUCACUCAAUGUUGCUUCCCCCAGCUUUCGUUCUUGUCCGCCAGUGUCCGUGACCUGAUUCGGAUCGACUUCCUCACUGCAUUGCCACCGGAGAUAUCGCUCAAAAUAUUCUGUUACCUUGAUACGGCCUCGUUAUGCAAGGCAGCACAGGUCUCUCGUCGCUGGCGGGAUCUGGCAGACGAUGACGUUGUGUGGCAUAGAAUGUGUGAGCAGCACAUCGACCGGAAAUGCAAGAAGUGUGGCUGGGGUCUUCCGGUUCUGGAUCGCAAGAGACUAAGGGACACGCGACGUCAAAUGCAACUUCGCGCUGCUGGAAAAGAUCAAUGCGCGAAGAGCGCUACUCCUGAGGCGACAAAUAUUGGCGAUGACUACUUCAAAACACAAUAUCGCCCUUGGAAGGAUGUAUACAGAGACCGGUUCAAAGUCGGUAUCAACUGGAAGCAUGGAAGAUGCACGACAAAAAUAUUCAGGGGGCACUCCAAUGGGGUGAUGUGCCUGCAAUUUGAGGACAAUAUUCUUGCAACUGGAUCGUAUGACACAACCAUCAAAAUCUGGGAUACGGACACGGGUGAAGAGCUGCGGACACUGCAUGGUCACCAAUCCGGAAUUCGAUGUUUGCAGUUUGACGACACGAAGCUCAUCAGUGGUAGUCUUGACCGCACAAUCAAGGUUUGGAAUUGGCGGACGGGAGAGUGCAUUUCUACUUAUACUGGUCACCACGGAGGGGUGAUCUGUCUCCAUUUCGACGCCACGACGCUCGCCUCAGGGUCGAUGGACAACACAGUCAAAAUCUGGAACUUCCAAGAUAAAUCCACGCGGGUUCUACGUGGGCAUGCGGAUUGGAUUAAUUCUGUGAAAAUCGACUCCUUAUCGCGUACAGUCUUUACUGCCUCCGAUGACCUAACUGUUCGACUAUGGGACUUGGAUACUGGCAACUGCAUCCACACGUACACAGGCCACGUGGGCCAGGUCCAGCAGGUUGUUCUCUUGCCACGAGAAUUCGAAUUUGAAGAGCAUGACAGCGAGGACACUCAAAGCCUUACCUCUACUGGAGCGAGCACUGAUUCCGAACAUGAGCAUCACAACCACCAUCAUGACCACAACGAUCCGGAGGAAACCUCGCUUUCGGCACCGUCCUCUUUGCCCAUGUCACCGGCAUUCGACGCCAUAUUUGCUCACGGCCGACCGGCGCCUCCACGAUACAUGGUCACGGCGGCUCUCGAUUCGACACUCCGGCUUUGGGAAGUUCCUACUGGCCGAUGUCUCCGCACGUUCUUCGGGCAUAUCGAAGGUGUCUGGGCGCUUGGCGCCGAUACACUCCGCAUUGUCUCCGGUGCGCAAGACCAGAUGACCAAGGUUUGGUGUCCUAGAACUGGCCGGUGCGAGAGAACAUUCACCGGGCACAGAGGGCCCGUUACUUGUAUCGGUUUAAGCGACAGCAGACUUGCCACGGGUAGCGAAGACUCCGAGGUGCGGAUGUAUAGCUUCAGGUGUUGA